ACAAUACCCCACGUGCAGUCUUCUCAAACGCUCCAAAGGGAGCACAUCUAAAACAAAAAAUGCGGUGCAGUCAGUAGUUAAAUUGCGAAAUUGAAAUCGAAGUAAGCUCGUGGCGUCGUACCAGUUUUUACCCAAAAUUAUCUCGUUUUGAUUUGAAGACUCGCUGCAAAAAAUUUUUAAUCAAACAAAAUUAAAAUGCUUGCCAAAAGCAAACCGCUGAUUGGCAUGUCGCACUUGCUGCAAAAGCAGGUUUUAGGCUUUCUGCCUCCGUCUUCGCUUCGCCAUUUUAACUCCGAGAACAAUUUGUACUCCCAGGAUGGCUGGGAGAAUGGCUACCAGGCGCCCUUGCUGCCGCGCAAGGACCUAAAGCCGUUGGAGAAGAAAGACAGGUCAAAGGUAUACGAUGCCUGUUGGCAAACGACGCGGCGGACCGAAUACAAGUGCCGUUCGGAUCCAGAGUUUCAGAUGCACGCCUUCAUCGAUUCGCGCAAAAGUUGUUUAGAAGACCCCUGCGCCACCGAGAUGUUGGCCAUCGAUCUCACCCACUAUAAGCCCUCGGACAUGGGCAAACGGAAGUAUCCGCGGACCUGGUUCGAAUGUGUGGUCAAGCGGCGGAAGCGGAAGGCCCACUGCGUCCCCGUACCGCCUCCGAUGCCGAGGCGCAAGCGCAAGUCGCUCAAGCCCCCCUGCCCCGAGGAUUUGUGUGUAUUGGGCAAACUGGAGCUUAACCUCAUUAAACCCUGCGCUACGAAACCAUUGAAAUGUCCGCGCUUCAAAAUGCCCAACUGCUGUAAGGAAGCCCGCGAUCCGCCCAAGUGCCGUCGUCCAUUUAGACGUUGUGGUCAGAGACCCAAGACCAAGUAUCCAAGCUUCUCCGAGUGUCGACGCGAUCCCUUCCCGGAUCCUCGACCCAUCGAGUGCAACUGCCUGCUCAAGCCGGCCAUCUGCGAUAUGUGGCGCCACUACCGCCGCCGAUUUGGCUAAUCAACUUCGAUUUCACCAAAGGAUUUUUACCAAGUUUUGACCCAACUAAAUUAAUGUCUCGAGGCCUAUCGCAACAAAAGAUGCUUUCGCAUUUUGAGAGCAUAUGACAAUUCUAUCCCAACUAUAUGUUGUCAUGCUCGUAUUAAAGAAAGAAAGAAAUAAAAAUGUUCGAUAUG